AUGAAUUCAUGAAAGAUGUUUUGAAUUGGGAGUGAUCAACAUUGUCUACAAUAUGAGGUUCAUUUCUCUAUUCUCACGUUUAUAUUACCGCAGUUUUCGUUCUCUUUCAGUUCCUUUGUUUUUUAAGAAAAAUCUGAAUAGUGCAACAAAGAAAAGUAGCUUAGGCGUGUUGUUUUUGGGGAGUUCAGGAACCUUUGCUUAUAAUAGCAACAAAGUGGACUGGUAUCCUUUUAGUAUUUCGGAGCAAAUUAAAGAAACACUUUCUAUGUUCAAUGAACUUUCAGAUAUGGCAUACAGAAGGGUUAAGAGAGACCUUAAAACACCUGAAGGCUCUUUAUUGCUGGCCCUGGUUGGUAUGAAUGCGGUUGUUUACUUGGCGUGGAAGAUUCCUAGCUUUGUUCCCUUUUUAUCUCGUCAUUUUACCUGCUCGUUGUCUACAGUGAAGGGAGGUCGUGUUCAUACUCUUUUGACUUGCAAUUUCAGUCAUGCUGGUUUUUUUCACCUUUUCUCUAAUAUGUUUCUUUUGAUGCAUUUUGGAUCCGAUGUUUGUCGAAUAAUAACUCCAGAGCGCUUUUUCGUCUUAUAUUUAGCAGGUGGUCUUUCUUCGAGUCUUACUAGUCUAUUAUCCAAGUACCUUUUGCGGGGUGAUGCACUGAGUCUUGGCGCAUCUGGUUCAGUAAUGGCAAUAAUGUUUAUGUAUGCAAUGUUAUUUCCCAAUCGAGAUAUUUACUUUUUUGGAUAUCCUUUAAAGGCUAAGGAUGCAUGUGUGAUUUGGGCCUUACUGGAUGCCACUGGUUUACUUGGUAACUUUGGAAGAAUCGACUUUGCUGCUCAUUUAGGAGGUGCAGCUUUUGGAUUGGCAUAUUAUGAAUACAAGAAAAGAGAUAUUGCAAAAGAUUAUCAACAGAGAAAGACGACAAGACUUUGGUAUACAAAUGAUAUCCAUGGCUUGGAAUUGGAAACUCGUAAACGCCCGAGGACUUCAGUUGAUAGGGAGUCUUCAAAUAUUUGGAGUCAAGUCCGGAGUACAUUCCACCGGUGGUAUGAAUUGGAUGGAUUACAAUUAGCUCAAUUGUGCUUAUCAUUUUCAGGUUUCGAAUGAGUCAAAAUCGCCGAGAUGACUCUGAUAAUUGAAAUGACUGUGUUGUACAAAUAGGAUGUUCUACGUUGAUAAACGCAGGAGAGAGAUGAAUAGGACAUAGUAGAAGAAGGAAACAGAUUAUUUUGAUCGAGACUUGAUAUGAUAUCAUUGUUUUCUUUUCAUUUGUCUUGACUGUUGAAAUAAAUAUAAGUUGUUGAUUUGAA